GUACUCCAAGAUGGCGACCUCCACCGUUCUGUAUUAUACGGUAUCGGCAAUUGCAACAAAAGGACAUUAUUGACACACGUCAAAACUUUUACUGUUGGUUGCUGCAAAGACAAGCCGGUUUAGUAUAUCGAAUCUGAAACGCUAAAAUCUUCUCCAAUGCUUUGUACAUUUGUAGAACUGCGCGCCGUGUUAGACUGAGGGGAUUUGCAUUAACCGAGCAUGGCCACCGACAACAUAAUUCCUUUCUGGAGGAAAAGCGCGAAGGUUCCAGGAAGGUUUCCUAAAGACACUCCCAAGGGAAACAAUCUCAAGUCUAAAAAAGCAUCCAGUUUCCACGAAUUUGCCCGUAGCACCAACGACGCCUGGGACAUUGACGACGAGGACGAUGAGGACUUGUUAGCUCCCAUUCACCCCUCAUCUCUCCCGUCCACCCUGCACUCCGUGCACCAGGUGCCUCCUCUUCCUUUACAACAACCCAGUGACACCACCAGGGAGCCAGACACGGGGCCUGCAGACCGGCUGGCUCCCCCAACAGCAGAGGGCUGUCUUCAGCAGGAGGAGGACACAGACUGUGGACAGAUCAAUGGCAGAGUGGUGGUGAAGUCCAGCAGUGAGGCCCAGCUCAACACCAGUACAGUGCGCUCCACCCUGCAGAAGCAACAGUCUCUCCCAGUUCGUCCUAUCAUCCCGUUAGUCGCCAGAAUCUCUGACCAAAAUUCCUCGGGGGCCCCAAUCAUGACAGUGCGAGACAAGAGCCGAUUGGACAAAUUCAAAUACCUUCUGUCCUGUCCUAACACCGACCUUGAGGAGCUCCGGAAGCACAGCUGGUCAGGUAUUCCACGAGAAGUGAGGCCCAUUACAUGGAGGCUCCUCUCUGGUUACCUCCCAGCCAACAUGGAGCGCAGAGAUCUGGUGCUGAAGAGGAAGAGAGACGAGUACUUUGGCUUCAUUGAACAGUAUUACCACUCCAGGACAGACGAAACUUACAAAGACACAUAUAGACAGAUCCACAUCGAUAUUCCGAGGACAAACCCACUAAUUCCACUUUUCCAGCAGCCCACUGUGCAAGAGGUGUUUGAGAGGAUCCUCUUUAUCUGGGCUAUCCGCCAUCCAGCCAGCGGCUACGUCCAGGGAAUCAAUGACUUGGUCACUCCAUUCUUUGUUGUCUUCCUCUCCGAAUUUGUUGAGGAGGAUGUGGAGAAUUUUGACGUAGCUUCCCUGCCUCUUAACACCCAGAGGAACAUUGAGGCAGACAGUUUCUGGUGCAUGACCAAGCUGCUGGACGGAAUACAGGACAACUACACUUUUGCUCAGCCAGGGAUUCAGAACAAUGUGAAAGCUUUGGAAGAAUUGGUCAGCAGAAUCGAUGAGGACAUACACAACUACUUUAAGAGGUAUGAGGUGGAGUACCUGCAGUUUGCUUUUCGCUGGAUGAACAACCUGCUGAUGAGAGAGCUGCCUUUACGCUGCACCAUACGCCUCUGGGACACCUAUCAGGCUGAACAAGAGGGCUUCUCCCACUUCCACCUCUACGUCUGUGCUGCUUUCCUGAUCGAGUGGCGCAAAGAGAUCCUCUCCAUGGUCGAUUUUCAGGGUCUUCUCAUGUUACUCCAGAACCUUCCCACAAUCCACUGGGGGAAUGAGGAAGUGGGCCUUCUCCUGGCUGAAGCGUACAGACUCAAGUACAUGUUCGCUGACGCGCCCAAUCACUACAGGAGAUAGGCUUCUAUGCAAUGGUGUAAAACAGAUUCUGAUAUACUGUUAGGAGGAAUGUAAGGUUUCCUUCCUCUCUUUGAUAUGACUGGCUGACAUAUAGCUUGCACACAGGUACAGAAUCAUUUGCUCAAAAUAGGAACCCUCAAACCCUAUUUCUACUAUAGUUUUCUUGCAGGUUCUCUCUGUUAAGACUUUUAUUGGCAAGUUACAUUCCACUGACACUGCAGCGUAUUAUCUCCGAGCCACUGGCUUAGACAUCUCAAUAGCAGUCUGUUACAAUUCAUGCGGUAGGCAUCGAGUAGGUUCUGGACAUACAACACAGCUAAUACCUCAACUGACUAGGUAUCCCCCUUUCCCUUCAACCUUACUCCUAUUAGCCAUAACCUUAUGUGAGUUCUGGUAUUGACGCUCUAUACUGUUCUGGUAUUGGAACUCUAUACUAUUCUGGUAUUGGAACUCUAUACUGUUCUGGUAUUAGAACGCUACACUGUUCUGGUAUUAGAACUCUAUACUAUUCUGGUA